AUGGCCAUGAGGUCCCGUUACUUUCCAUCACUGGCGUUCGCCAGUCUCCUGUGUUUGUGCCAGAGCUACACCCUGAGGAGCUCCGUGUUCUGGGUGGUGACCCACAACGUGAAUGUGUAGGACAAUGAUCUGUUGGAGGAGGACGCGCCAGAGUUGCUGGUGGACGGAGUGGGGCUGUGGAAAGCCAACAUCCACGGAGACCGCCUGGCGAGUCCCGUAGAACAGGCCAAAGCCAAGAGUGGGCACGGUCCAGUGCAGCUCUCCUCUCGCCUCUUCUAUCGCUUGGAGAAUGUGAAGAAGUCUGGCAGCUGCUCUCCUCCUCAUCCUCACCAAGAGACUGCUCGCACUGCUAGAUACAUCGCUCACUAUAGACAUCUUGCCACCAUUUCUACCCAGGAUAAGAUCAAAGGUCUGCCAUUUGGGAACAUUUUCUCUGUGAUUGAUGGACCGCUGGAAAACAGCACUGUGAUUUAUUUCUACAUGACGCCCAUGGACAAAGUGGUCGACCUGAUGAGUAACCCUUAUGCUUCUCUUACCUUCUCGGAAGCUGAGGGUGACUUCUGCUGACAAAUUCUUUUCUUCUGUGUUUUAAGGCAAAUGGUGUAUGAUCCAGAGGAUCCCAGAUGUGCUCGACUCACACUAACAGGCAAGAUGGUGGAGGUGGCCCCGGAUGAGCUCGCUUGGAAGAAGGCAAUGUUCUCGAGACAUCCUGCAAUGGCAGAGUGGCCAGUGGGACAUAAAUGGUUCUUUAUGAAGAUGGAUUUGAUUCAAGUCUGGCUGCAGGUGACUGGGGGAGUAUUACUCUUUCCACUGGAGGAUUAUUUCAAAACUGUGCCUUUCUGAGGUCUCAUCGCCUUGUUUCAUUGUGACACAGAUGCAAUUUCUUAUGAUGCGUGAAUGUACUUAUAGUUAAAUUCUCAACUGAACUACCAUGUGUUACAAUCUUUGUAUUGUCUGUUUUAAGAAUUUGCACUAAAAUGGAACUAAAGCCCCUAAUGUAUUUGUAAUUUAUCACACCUAAUUUGCAUUCUACUCAUUUCCUUUUUUUAUAUUCAUUCCAAAUAUUUUAAUGAGAAAACCUAUUUAAGAUGAUGAUUAGAUAGUUAAGAAAACUGUACAUCUGUAUAAUUUAGAAAACAAUACCUCAAUGUUCAUUUUGUGAUUUUUGAGUGUUUAUCAUUUUGUCCUAAUAAGAUAUCAUUUUUAUUUAUUUAAUAUAAGUUUAAAUUCAUACUUUCUUGGACCCGACCGAUAUAUCGGCCAGCCGAUAUUAUCGGCCGAUAUUGGGGUCAAUAACAGUAUCGGCUAUCGGCCAAAAAGAUGGCCGAUAUGGCCGAUAUUGCGCUACCUAUCCAGCAGAUGGCGCCAGCUUUACGAACUCAUGUUGUGUGGCUCCACCCCUUUGAACACAAAUUAUUGUUUUGAAACUUUUUUAAAAAUGUAUUCUUAUUUAUGUUUCUUAUGUGCAAUUAUUUCCGGUCCAGGGUGAAUAAGUUCACCAAGUUAACUUCCUCAGAGUGUUACUUUGUUACAAAGCACAAGUAUUACAUUUUAUUUAUUGCUGCAUUUUUAUUAUUUUAAUAUUCUUAUAGGGAUCUUCUGUCCCUGAACUUGUGUGUUGUUAGAUUCCCCAGAGUUAGCCAAGUCAGAAAAAAACAGUUUGUAACCAGUUGUUUUAGCAUAAAGCAAUGGAAGGGAAGGGCUGCAUUCAUAAAAAAAACACCACAAUGUAUGUGAAUUCACUUACAUUGUUUUAUGCUAAACUAAGAAAACCAACUGCUGCCAGAUCAUAUUGGACUGGUUAUAAAAUGUUUUUUCUGAUUUUUCUAACUCUGGGGAAUCUUAACAAGACACAAUUUUACUGAGUGGUGCAAUAUUCCUUUAAGUUAAAAUGUAUUUGUGGAAACCACAGUUUACAAGAAAAAACUUGAAUGCUAGAUUUAUGCUGUGACUGAGUUUGUGUGUUCUGUUGUUUUUGAGAUCUGCAAAAUAAAUCUUAUUUGCAUUACUUGGAAACCCUAAUGUGUUAUUAAGACAGUUCUUUGGUGUGUAAUAGAGAAAUAAGUUUGCAUCAAGAAGGCAGGCAAAGAAUGAAGGGUUUAAGCUUAAGAAUUUUUUUAAUUAUUUCUUUUGUGUGAGGGAGAUUUAUCGGCCAUUAUAUCGUUCCCAAAAAUAGCAUAUCGGUCGGGCCCUAAUACUUUCUUCAAGAGCUUGAACAUGUUUAACUAAUUAAGUAAAUCUGUUUUAAAAAAAUCUCAUGUAAACUUUGAGUAAAAUAUUUAUAACUAAGUGAUAUCUAACACCACUAAUAAUAUAUCAUUUCACACUAAGUGUUUUACUGCCAUGCUGUUCUUCGUAUUUUAUAUUUUUCUAUUGCUUUUUAUUUGUUUGAUAAACUGGAAAUAGUGUUUUUGUGUUUAAAAAUAAAUUUGACAGCAUAAAAUGGCUCACUGAUAAAGAUGAAUCUUGGUGGAGAAAAAGUUUUACCAGCUUUUUGAGUGUAACAGCAAUACAGCACUUGUAAGUAAAUAAUUAUUUGUAAAAAAAAGUUUGGAGAAUACAUUUUAAAAUAUCGUGAAAUAAAAUGAUAUGCGUUGACUAAAGGUACAUUUUGAACAGAUCUUUACUGUCCACUAGGUGAUGCUCUCCUACAUUAAUUGUAAUAAGGUGAAAGGCUUUGGGUGAUGCUUUUCUACAGUAAUUAUAAUGAGGUGAAAGGCAUUGUGAAAAAUAGAAGUUACUUACUCGAAACUUCUAAUAAUUUUACCGGGAUAUGACAUCAUUUAAAAACCUGUUUUUAGAAGUUGCAGCAGAUACAUUAUUUAAUUUAGAAUAAAUAUAAAGUUUUUGGUUCAAUGACCACAGGAAAUGUCAAUUAAUUGAAAACA